AUGGGAAAUAAAGUGCAGAGCAGCAGGGAUCUUAGGAAGGAUUCUGCGUCUAGUAAUGAUAACGUAGAUACUACGUUGUUACCAGGGGGAGGUUUGGAUACGGCAGGCUAUACUCCAACGCCGGAGCUUGAAACCAGUAGUAGUAUAUUCAAAGGGCUCAGGGAAUCUGUGGUUGAUCGAGAUGAUACAUGGGGGAGUAAGGCACUUGGGUCUUGGUUGUUGCUGUGUUAUUCCACGGGGCCUACGUCCGCGAUGAUGAGGUCGUAUGUUAUUGCGAGUAUGCAAUCAAUAGCUCAUGCUUUAGGCCAUCCUAAGGGUAACCCUGGUGGUAAAUGUCCUGCCCGUGGAGAUGAUUGUUAUAUUAAUAUUGCUGGUCACGAUGUGCAAUACAUGGCGUAUCAGUUAUAUUUGAAGGCAGCGUACACGUCUGUUGAGGGUCUUCUUGCAAUUAUGUUGAUGGGGCUAGCGGACUAUUCUAAUUAUAGAGGGUGGUUAAUGAUAAGUUCCAUAUUUAUGUAUGGUGCUCUUGCUGUUCCUUUUGUGGGAUUCGCUGCUCAGACCUAUACGAAUCUUAUCGCAAUCACAGUGUUGUACUGUGUAAUGUUAUGUUGUAACACAAUUUAUACAAUUACCGAGGGUUCAUAUAUUCCUAUAUUCAUGACUAGAAUGAAAAGUAAUAAUGGAAAUAUAUCUGAAGAACUGGACCUGGAGUUGGAAAGCAGGCGGGGCUUCAAGGAUUCAUUUCUUACCAAAUGGCGCAAGGUAUCCCGCAGCAGUAGUAGUUCGAUGUUGCACAGGGGUGCGAAAGCCAGUGUUUGGGGGCUAAUUAUGGGUAACUUGGGCGGUAUCACCGCAAUGAUUAUCGCAAUGAUUAUCACCCAGACCAGAAAUACUCCUACUCGAGAAAAGUAUAAGGAUUUUCUUUUGUCGAUUACUGUUGCAGGCUGCAUUACUAUUGUACUUGGUUCAAUAGCUUCAUUAGGUAUCCCGAGUGUUAGUGGGAGACCAUUUCCGUUCAAGAAGAAUGAGAAUAGAUUAUUGACAAUUGUUAAAUUCCCAUUCAUUAGGUUGGUUCACAUUAUAAAAGAUUUGUUGCAAUAUAGGGAAGCGUUCAAAUUUGCUAUAGCCUGGGUUAUAUGGAAUAUCGCCUAUUCGAACUUCAUGCAAUUGUUUAUGAAUUCGUUCCGGACGAGGUUAGGAAUUGGUCAGUCAGAUAAAGAAUACACCGUCUGGCAAUUUACAAAUUACAUUGUCGCAUGCAUGGGCCCGUUAGUGUGGAUGUAUGUGUUCCGUUGGGCCUCUGCCAGUCAGAAUACCAAAGCGCAGGUUCGUUUUUUAAAAUACACUUCAUACUGUAUUCUAGCCUUCGGUACACUAGCAAACUUUUGGGGUAGUUUAGGAUCUAGUAGGAGUUCUCCACUUGGUUUUAAAAAUAGAUGGGAAUUUUGGUUCUUUUUAGUCUUUUUCGUUUCAUCUAGUAGUGUCAUUAGAUCCUUGAACAGGGUCGCCUAUUCAGCCAUGCUACCAGAGGGCAAGGAAAAUCAAUACUUUGGUCUGGAGAUUAUGCUUGGGUUGGCAACAGGAUGGUCGCAGUCGUUAAUAAUCGGCGUAAUUCAGGAUAGAACUGGGAACUCCAACACUCCUUAUAUCCCGAAUACUGCUUUGAUGUUGAUUGCCAUGAUGUUAUAUUACUGGUGUGAUAUAGAGAAGGGCAUGGAUCAGGUUGGAAAACUAGGAUUAAUGAGGAGAAAGAACAUUGUUAAUAUCAUCUCAGAUAAUGAGUAG